AUGGGUCUCGCACAAUUGUCUUUGAUUGGCCUUUCCCUUGUGCUACUAUUUGAAGUAGGACACGCAGUUGACAAGUCCAAUUUCAAAACUGUUGAUCAGUGUGGUUUUGCAAGGCGACACAAGGACAUUCCCGAAGGCCAAUCACCCUAUGCAGCUGUCCUUGAUUCCUUCCAUAUCGAGUCUGAUGGAGUGAUGCGAGGGAAUAUUCUCAACACCAAGAAUGGUAUCCUGCUCAGUCUUGAGGUCUUUGGCCUUGAGGAUCGGAUGGUCCGCUUCAAAGUCAAUGAACUGAGUCCUAUCAGACCGAGAUAUGAGGUUCCUGAUGUCCUGGUACUCGAACCAACUCCUGUCAGAUGGACCAUUAACAAGCAGGACUCGACGUCCAUUGAGGCCACCACCAGCUCUGGCAUCACCGUGCUGCUCUCCUCCCAGCCAUUCCGUAUGGACUUCUACGACAACAAGCAGCUCGUCUUUAGCAUCAACCCUAGAGGGCUCAUGAAGUUUGAACAUCUGCGGGAAAGGAGAAACUCUCUGGACCAGGGUGAAGAAGGCCCUGGUCUACUUGACCUUGCUAAAGAUGCCAUUCUUGAUUUGGUUGGUUACAGAUCCGAGGAAGACCAAGACCAACCGGUGGAGGAAGGGGAGGAGGUGGAGAAUGUCGAGCAGGCCGAGGAGAAGGAGCCGGAGGAACCGGAGGAGCCCGAUAUGUGGGAGGAAACCUUCAAAUCACACACUGAUAAGAAACCAUACGGUCCUUCAUCCAUUGGACUGGAUUUCUCCUUCCCUGGAUUUGAUCAUGUCUAUGGUAUCCCGGAGCAUGCCGAUUCUCUUGCACUCAAGGCAACAGGAUCAUCUGACCCCUAUCGUCUCUACAAUCUGGAUGUGUUUGAGUAUGAUUUGGACAAACGUAUGGCUCUCUAUGGAUCUGUACCUUUUAUGCAAGCUCACAAUAAAGAGAGGACAGUAGGUUUGUUUUGGCUGAAUGCAGCAGAGACAUUCAUUGAUAUUACAUCAAAUACUGCUGAUAAGUCUUUCUUUGGAAGAAUGUUUGACUACGUGAAAGGGGAGAGUGAUGUCCCACAAGUCGACACCCACUGGUAUUCUGAAUCUGGUAUCAUCGACACCUUCCUUCUUUUUGGGCCUUCUCCAAAGGACGUCCUAUCUCAGUAUACCGAUCUGACUGGCAAGCCAUUCCUUCCUCCGCUCUUUUCCAUAGCAUACCAUCAGUGUCGCUGGAAUUACAACGAUGAAGAUGAUGUGUUACAAGUUGAUGCUAAUUUUGACGAGCAUGAUAUCCCCUGUGAUGUGAUCUGGCUUGAUAUUGAACACACCAAUGGAAAGAGAUAUUUGACUUGGGAUAAUCAUAAAUUCCCAGACCCAGGAAGAAUGUUGGAUCAAUUGGCUGCGAAAGGAAGAAAGAUGGUGACCAUUGUGGAUCCUCACGUUCACCGAGAUAACAACUAUCACAUGUACAAAGAAGGCAAAGACAAUGAUUAUUUCGUCCACAAACAAGAUGGCAGUGAAUAUGAAGGCUGGUGCUGGCCAGGGUCAUCAAGCUACCCAGACUUCACCCGGAAGGAUGUCCGUGAUUGGUGGGCAAGCCGACUGAGUCACGACAGCUACCAGGGCAGUCGUCCCAAUCUUUUCAACUGGAACGACAUGAAUGAGCCGUCUGUUUUCAAUGGGCCCGAGGUCACCAUGCACAAAGAUGUCGUCCAUGCCAACGGCUGGGAGCAUAGAGAUGUUCAUAAUCUGUAUGGACUCUAUUUUCAUAUGGCCAAUGCUGAUGGUCAGAUAAAAAGAUCUGGUGGAACUGAAAGACCAUUUACCCUGUCAAGAGCAUUCUUCUCUGGAUCACAGAGAUAUGGUGCUAUCUGGACAGGUGACAAUGCAGCAGAGUGGGACCAUUUGAAGGCUAGCAACCCUAUGCUUCUGAGUAUUGGUCUAGCUGGAAUUCCAUUCAUAGGAGCGGAUGUUGGUGGAUUCUUCAAGAAUCCAGAUGAAGAAUUGCUCACCAGAUGGUAUCAGGCCGGUGCCUACCAACCAUUCUUCCGUGCCCACGCUCACAUCGACACCAAGCGUCGGGAACCGUGGUUGUUGCAACCGGAGAACAAGCUCAUCAUACGCAACGCUAUCCGUGCAAGAUACGCUCUCCUUCCUUUCUGGUACACCCUCUAUUACAACUCCUCACAGACGGGUCUUCCACCUAUGAGACCUAUGUGGAUGGAAUUCCCCAAGGAUAUGGAUACAUUUUCAAUGGAAGACCAGUUCAUGCUUGGUAAUGCCUUGUUGGUUAGCCCAAUCACAGAAAAGGGAUCAAGAGCUACUUCCAUCUAUUUCCCUGGAACUGAUCCAUGGUUUGAUGUUGAUACAUUCUUUGCCUACCAAGGACCAGCUACUCAUAAUAUGAAUGCUGACCUAGAUAAGAUCCCAGUCUUCCAGCAUGGUGGAUCCAUAGUCCCUCGUAAGGAGAGGGUCAGACGAUGCUCAUCUCUAGCUGUAGAUGAUCCUUAUACAUUGACUGUUGCCUUGAAUAAUGCUGGCACAGCUACUGGUGAUCUUUACAUCGAUGAUGGUCAUAGCUUUGAUUAUAAGCAGCAAAAAUAUAUCUAUCGACAAUUUACCUUUAGUGCCAACAAAUUAGAAUCAAGGGCAUUAUCUGGCACUGGAUUUGAAACCAAUUCUUGGCUGGAGAGAGUAGUCAUCAUUGGAUUGAAAUCAUUACCAAAGAAAGUAGAACUUAUUUCACAAACUAUCACCCAGUUGUCUUUCACUACCUCUCAUAACAGACAAGUUUUGACGAUACGUAAACCAGGCGUCAACAUUGGUCAGGAUUGGACAAUACGUUUAUCUUAGAUAAUAAUAACCAGCAAUAAAUCAUUAUUUUAAAAAUUGGAUUAAGGUUAGAGCUUGUUACAGCAGAAACCCCAAAUCCUCAUAGUAUUCCUAGGCUUGAAUAUACAUUUAUGUUUUGAAUUCAAUUGAAAAAUGAUUUAAAUUUUACUGCUGUUUUGAUUUGACCAUAGUACACACAAUGGAUGCCAUAAGAACAAGGACCUCAGAAUUACCAAAGUAUAUUGUUCCAUCAAAAAUAUUGUUUUAUCUGGUCAGCCUUUCUUGUAUUGUCGGUGACAAGUUAGUAAAUAAUUGCUGCCAUAGUAACAGUGCUUCCCAGCCAAUCAAAACCAAGGAUUUCACCUUUGUUAUCAUAAUCAUUGAAUGAUGACUAGUCGUUGGGAUCAACCUAUAAAACAACUUUCAAGGGAGUAUAUAAUAUUAGAGGUCCCCUAGAGUAUUUCUCUUCUAAAGACUAACAUGCUAGUCAUUGGGGAGUUUUCCUAGACCCUUGUAUUUGAGCUUGAAAUGAACAAGUUUUACCAGAUAAAACUUAUUUCGAGAAGUACACGUUUAGUUGACAAUAUUAACAUUGGCUUUGCAUUGACAAUUCAGACUAUUGAUAUAAAGGUAGUAUUGUUUGAAAGUUUUUGUUCAAGGAUUUUGCAUUCUUAAACAUAAAAGGAGUUCAUUUGUACAAGAUAUUCUUCCUAAUAUGAUGUGAACUUAUUUUGAUGUAGGAAUUUAUUUGUAUAUUGGUGUUAUAGAGGAUGUAGUUAGGAUGAAUAGAUAUCAAAUAUCAGAUUAAACUAUUAAUAUCUUUGAGGUCACACAUUGUAUUGUGCCCCAGAUAAAGAAAUUUGAUUCCCCCCUUGAUUGUACAAUACAAAUCCUAUCCUUCAUCACUCUUAAUGUUUCACAGCUUCCAUUAUUAAUCAAUAUGUCAAUUUAUGUAAAAAUUAUGAAGAUGAAGAAUUAUAUCAAAUUAUAUGAGUGCUAAUCUCGAUCUCCUGCAAAUAUAUCACACCCACAUGUAUGCAAAUACACCUCCAUAUAUUGCCAUAUAUAUUUUGGUGUUACCCAUUGACUUUUUUGGUAUGGCACAAAGAAUCUUGCCUUGUGGCCAAAUGUGAGUGUAGAGCCUAUACAUAGUCCCAUUGGUGUGUGUACUCCAAAGCCAGUAUUCAGCACUAUACUCGAGUCAGAAAAUUGGUGAUUUAAGAGACAUAUCUUAGCCCAAUAUAUACCGUGUAUAUGCAAGUUCUGCUUCUGUAUUUAAUUGAAUUCCAGCCCAAGAAACCUGUCCUUAAAGACCACCUCACCUGACUAAGAAGAUCAACUUUCUUGACUCCAGAUUUAAGUGUAAACAAUAUUGUGUUAAUGAUGUAACAUUUACAUUCAUGUUUGGUUUGUGUUGGUUUAAGUUAUAAAGUACUAGACUCAUGCCUAAGGCUCUAUUGUAAUUUGUUUGUACUUUAUUUCUCUUUCUGAUCUACACAGAUCUUUGUGUCGUAUUAGAUUACUAAUUAUGCUAAUUAGAUAGAUAAUCAUUUGAAUGGAAACAUCGAAGGUAUUUGAUACUUUAUAUUUCAUGCAUACUUGAUUUAAAAUCAUUACUUGUCAUUAUCCAUUCACUUUGUUCUUUUGUCAUGAAGUUUGUUUUGUUAUGUGUAUUCUAUUACCCUUGCAUUCAGUGAAAUUGAAUCAAAUCAUGUCUCCAAUGAAAAUUGCGUCUUUUGUUUUGAUGCUGGCAUGCUGCACCAUGUACGAGAUGGCCAUAGGUCACAGUUUCUCAAGACAAAACCAAUUGGUGAGUGUUUCAUAGAGCUGUUCAUAAGUCACACACACGUACCCUCACACACAAAAACACAUGCACCCAACACACACACACAACUGCUGAAUCAGAUUUACCAUCAUUUUUUUUUUGAAUUUGCAAUCAAUCUGAUUCCCUUGUGGUAAAGUUGUUAUCUGACAUCUGUCAAGAAAAUUUUCAAUUCAAUACUGUCAAAAGUUUGAUUAGGGUUAUAGGAAAUGCCCUUCCAUGAAUGUAAAUUUGGGGUAUCCCACCAGUCGUACCUAACUUAACCAACAGCUUUAUGAAAUGACCCCCUGGUCCUUAUUUCUAGAAAAUUACAAAGUAAUCCAUGGCUGAAUAGUGAAGUUAUCACUUGACUCGAAAGAAAAAUGUAUAAUUUUUAACAUAAUCUGUGCCCAUGCAUAAUGCUGUGUUCCAUUUGUCUUUUCUAUUUGAUUGUUGUAAAAUUAUACAUAAUUCCAAUGCCUUCUAGUGAAGUAAAACCAUGAUAUUGUGAUGUGAAAAUGUAAUUAUGAUGAAAUCACCUGAACAUAAUUUUGUACAAGUUGUAAUGGCAAGAAGGAGUUGUAUACAAAUUGGAAAUAAAAACCAUGACAUAAAUUUGGAAAAGAAA